CUUAGCUCAAGAUUCUACCCUGGGACCUGCUCAUUGAUGGAGGAGUGCCUGAGAGGAACAAUGAUUCUGCUAACUCUUUACUUCUAGCUUAUUCUACUUGCUUCACCUCCAAACCAGCUGCCUGGUCACCUGGGAUAACUUUACCUUGAGGCCAACUCAAUGAUUGGCCCUGUUGGAAGUCCAGAGUGCUCUAAAGGACUUGUGCCGUGCUGCAGCCAAGCCUGCGUCUCCUGUGUCUCCUGUGUCUCCUGAGUCUCUGACAAAUCAGGACAUCAAACCGGGAGACUGGGUCCUCACCAGGAAGCUGCCCAGAGGAUCUUCCCUGGAAACCAGGUGGAUGGGACCUUACCAAGUGAUACUUAGUAACUCUUAGGCUAUGAAAGUAGCAGGACAAAAAGCCUGAAUUCACCAGUCGCAUAUCAAGAAAAUGGAAGCCCCAGAUAUCUGGACAUCCACUCACACUGGAAACCUGAAACUGCACCUAAUUAAGCAAUAAUGUUUUUAGUAUCUUUUGUCUUGUUACCCCUAGCUUUAGGGAAUAAGGUAAGGGUUAACCCUUAUCUCCCUACUCGAUAUAACUGGACAUUGACUCGAACCAAUGAUGGGACAGUAAUUGCCUUCAAUGCCACAUAUGGCCAGCCAAUCCUAUAUUUUGAUUUAUGCUCCUUGCUAGGCCCCGAUUGGAAUAUAGCAAAUGAUUGGGGGAGCAAGAAUACAAUGACUUGGUCUGAUGAUGAAGGGAAAUGGAAUGCCGACCCAGGGUGUGGAGUUGGGGUGCCAGCACCUGAUGAGCAUGAGCAGGCCCUCCAGGAUCAUAGUUUCUAUGUAUGUCCCUCAGAUGGGCCCCCAAAAUGUCAGGGAAAAGAUCAAUUCCAUUGCGGAACCUGGGAUUGUGAGACCAUUGCCAGUUGGCUGGACAGGGAGGGCAAGGAUCCAAAUAUCAAUCUGAUACGAGUGAGCCCUAAAAAUCCAACCUGUAAAGUAGGCUCUUGUAAUCCAAUGACCCUUCAUAUCAAAACUUGGACCGCCGACUAUUGGCGGACGGGAAAGUCAUGGGGACUCCGAGUUUAUUCAAAAGGAUAUGAUAAUGGGGGCUAUUUCACCUUGCAGAAGACCAUCCUACUGACUCCCUCCCUUUCCAUCAGGCCUAAUCCUGUGCUUAAGGACCGCAUCCUUGAAAGAAAAUGGGCCUCCCCCUCACCUCUACCUGUAUCCCAUAGCCACAAUGAGGUGUCUGGUAACAAUGGGUCUAAGAAGAAAGACAAUCCACAAGCCAUACGCCCUGGCAGCCUAGACUCCUUCCCUUUGCUGGGCACCCUGGAUUCUGUCUUUGCUUUCUUAAAUCAGACUAGCCCUAACUUAACCUCCUCUUGUUGGCUAUGUCUUAGCCCAGCACCACCAUUCUUUGUAGGGCUAGGGACCACAGCGGUCUUGGGCAACACCACCAGGUCCAUCCGAAUGCAAAGUCUAUCAGACACAUAUACAGGCCCCGACCCACGUUGUAGAGGAAACCAACAUCAGCCUAUCCUGACCCUAGAAGACAUAGAAGGUAGUGCUACUUGUCUAGCAUCCCCAAAUUUUCAGUGGUCCCAAUCCCCUUACAAGGAACUGUGUCAGUUUAGGUUGCAGGUUUCUCCUGCUCAUCAUUCCCCCAAUUGGCUUUUUGCCCCCGUUGCCACAUGGUUUGCCUGUACCGCAGGAUUAACCCCUUGCAUCUCGGAGCUCAAGUUCAGUCAGAGUACUGAACUUUGCAUCCUGGUACGUGUAUUGCCCCAAGUGUUUCUUUAUUCUGAAGAGGGAGCCGAGGAACAUUUUGAAUUGAUUCGUUCAAAACGAGCGGUGCCCAUAUUGAUUCCGCUGCUAGUAGCGAUAGGCUCAGCGGCAGUGGGAACAACAGCUCUGAUUAAGGGGAAUGCAGAUUUCAACCUCUUGAGCUCUCAGGUAGAUACAGAUAUCAGAACACUGGAAAGUCUCAUCACUCAUUUAGAAAAAUCAGUGGAUUCCCUAGCAGAGGUUGUGUUACAGAACCGCCGUGGGUUAGAUUUGUUAUUCAUGAAGCAAGGGGGACUGUGUAUGGCACUGGGAGAAUCUUGUUGCUUCUACGCAAAUAGGUCGGGUGUAAUUAGGAAAUCACUGGCCUCCUUGCGUAAGCGUUUGGAUGACCGGGAGGACAGUCGUAAGACUUCAAUGUUCUGGUAUACAUUACACGAUAAUAACUGGUUCCCUUGGCUGAUCAGCCUCCUUUCAGGGAGCCCAUUCUUCUUGAUCCUCCUCUUCCUCUUCAUAGUUCUCUGCAUAAGAAAGUGUUGCAUCCCUUGUUUCAGGGUCAUAUAAGACCUGAAACUUUUCACACUCAAGAUGACUUAUUCCCUGUUGCCCUCAGAUGAGUUACAACUAUGAACAUAAAAAGGGGGGAGUGAAAUGGACAAAAGAUUGGCCUCCUCUUCCCUCCCUCAGUCUUAGGUCAAAGGGCCUCGGGCUCACAGAGAAAUGUUUGCUCAGCUAGAUUAAGGGAAAUGUUUUGCCCUUCAGAGUGCUUGCUCAACUAUGCUCCGAGUAGUGUUUAUUCUAUAAGAUGCUUGCCUAACAAUGUUUGAUAACCCUGACCUAUUCCAAUAAUCUAUAUCAAACAUCUGCCAUUGUGUAUUCUCCUUAUAUCCUGUAAGUCCCCUAUUUUCCCCCCUGUAAGUGGAAAGUCAAGUCACUGUUUAACGUCAAAUGUAACCACAAAGCUGAACAAGAAUGCUUAUAAACUUGUCUCUACUUCUGUUUGGGACAGAACUCUACUGAGAGGUAUGUCCUGGCCAGUAAUAAACACUUUCCAAAAUUACAAACA